AUGGAGAGGGGGAAGGCGGGAGGGGGGGAUGGGGGGAGCUUUGGCGGAGCGGGUAUUGGCGCAGGUAUAGGGGCGGAUGGGAUGGAGGAGGAUGGGACGAAGGAGGAGGUUCUAGGAGGGGAAGGCGGAGGCGAGGGGACGGAAGGGCACGAAGGGUGGAUGAUGGAUGGGGAUGGGUGCGCGGAGGAGCGCGGGGGAGGGAGCGCAGGAGAGGGGAGUGGUGGAGAAAAGGGCAGCGGAGGAGGGGAAAGAGGAGAGGAGAGAGGAGGGGGGAGAGGAGGGGGGAAAGGAGGGAAAAGGGGAGGGGCAGCAGAGGAGGUGCCUGAGUGGGCGUAUGGGUUGGAGGGGCUGUGGACGGGCGAGUAUGGGCCGCAUGGCGUGGAGAUUCUGAACGUGCUUGUACAGGGGGGAGAGAUUGUUGCGACGAAGAUCACAGGCGAUCCCAACGUGCCCUGCGGCCAAGUGACCUUCAAGGCCCGCCUCGCCACAGCCCAAGGCCCCCCCGACCUGUCAGAUCUUCCACCCACCGACUCCGUCCUGCCUAGAGGUCCUGGGGGAGCGGCUGUGCUGCCCACUCCCACUCGCAGCAUCGUCAUCCCCCCUCCUGACAAUGCUGGUGAUGGGUCCGCUGGGAGGGAUGAGGGCAGCAGCAGGGGGGAUGAAGGAUCGGAAGUGCAAUUCGUGUGGAUGUGCCAGGGCCAGGGCCGGGUGGCAGACUACAACUUCCGGCGCCCGCAGUGGGUGAACGGUUGCCUGCUAGUGGACUCUGCCGCACGCAUCACCUUCCUCUGGCAGGACGUGCACUUUGCCAUCCGCUUCCGCCGUCUCGACCUGCCCAAGCUAGUUCACAGCAGCGCUUAG